AUGAAGCGGAAUACUCGCAGGGGCAGUGCCGAAAGGGGCACAGGCAGCGCCGAAAUGGGCAGAGGCAGUGCCGAAAUGGGCAGAGGCAAUGCCGAAAUGGGCACAGGCAGUGCCGAGAAAGGCAGAGGCAGUGCCGAGAAAGGCAAAGGCAGUGCCGAAAAGGGCAGAGGCAGUGCCGAGAAGGGGUCGUCGUAA